AUGAGGCACAGCACAGCCUUCCUGCACUUAGAAGCUCUAGACCGAGGCACCUACGAAAAGUGCAAAAAUGCAAAGAAUGGCACACACGGAUGGCUACAGUCCCGGGGCACUAGGCAUCAAUGCGUCACCUCCCCCCGCACCAACACCACCACCUUUUUAUUUCAGAAAGACGACACUCAGCGUCUGGUCAAGAAUUUAGAGUCUAACGUACAGACCCCCUCGGAGACCGGCUCCCCACCCAGGCGGAGGAAGAGAGAAGCACGGACUUCGAAGGACGAGGAGGCGCUGGACGAACAUGAGCCGUCUUUGAACAGCAAUAUCACAGCAUUCGCGCUGAAGGCGAGAGUCGUCUAUCCCAUCAACCAGAAGUUCCGGCCCCUGGCCGACGGCUCCUCCAACCCAUCCCUGCACGAGAAUUUAAAGCAGGCUGUCCUGCCCAACCAGCCGGUGGAGGCCUCCCCUUCCAGCAGCCUGGGGAGUCUGAGCCAGGCCGAGAAGGACGACCGCAGCUCCUCGUCCAGCAUCCACUCGGCCACCAGCGCCGAUAGGUUCCUCAGCCGCACCUUCCGCCGGCUGAACAGCUUCCCCGAGACACUGACCUGUGAGAGUGUGGACCUGGACUUGUGUAUCUAUAACCUUCACUUGAAAGACCUGCUACGUCUGGACACGGCGCUGAGGCAGGAGAAGCAGCUGAUGUUUAUUCAGAUCUUUAAAAUGUGCCUCCUUGACCUGCUUUCGAAAAAGAAGUCUGACGAUGAAUUAUACCAGAAGAUUCUUUCAAAACAAGAAAACGACUUGGAGGAAUUAGAAAAGAGACUUCAGGUCAGACUGUCCAACACGGAAAUGCUGGGUGCGGGUGAUUCUGAGUACAUCACCCUGGCAGACGUAGAAAAGAAGGAGAGAGAAUAUUCUGAGCAGCUGAUAGAUAACAUGGAAGCUUUCUGGAAACAGAUGGAAAACAUCCAGCACUAUCUCGUGGACCAAUUUAAGUGUUCCGGCUCCAAAGCCCGACAGCUCGAGAUGACGCUGACAGAAAGAAUGGUGGUAGCCGAAGGGCUGCUGCGGGACUCUCAGGAUCUGCAGGCUCUGGACACCCUGGAGAGGACCCUGGGCCGGGCGCACAUGGCGAAGAUGAUCGAAUCCCUGAAGCUGCAAAUCCAGGAGGAGACCAGGUGCCGCCUGGCUGCCAUCGCCCAGAGCCUGGAGCUGCUGACCGUGGAAAGGAAGCUGUCGGGGCAGCAGAAGGAGGAGCUGCUGACCCAGCAGCACAAGGCCUUCUGGGGGGAGGCCGAGCGCUUCGGCAGGGAGUUUGUCCAGCAAGGCAAAGAUCUGGUCAAGGCGUCACUGGCUCGCCAGGCAGAGGGGAUGGCAGGGCUCGUGCUGGCCCAGGAAGAGGAGCGGAGAAGCUUCCUGGCCGAGGCCCGGCUGGCCGCUGACCCCAAGGGCCACCUCCAGGCUCUUCACGAGGUCCUGCAGAGGCAGAGGUUGACGCGGAGUGACUUGGAGGAGGAGGAGGACGUCAGAGUCACCAAGGCUGUGGCCACACUGUGCCAGGAGCUGUACCGCAGCACCAUGGAAACAUUCCAGAAGUUUGCGGACGUCCUGUUCCUGCAGACACUCCCGGGCAUGACCGGCCUCUCCCAGGCGGACUGUGACUACUUGAGGCAGGAGGCCCAGGAGAACACCGCCCGACAGCUGGGGAAGUCGGAUCGCUUUCGGAAACAGCAGUGGAAACUGUUCCAGGACCUUCUGGAGCAGGAAAGGCAGGUGUGGAUGGAGGAGGAUGCUCUGUCCGCUGUGUUGCAGACACACCUACGGGACGGCCAUGAGAGCGUCACCCGCCAAGUGUUGGACCGGCUUGGUGGCCUCAGUGAAGAGUCCGUGCGGUGGAUCCUGCAGGGGCACACCCUGCUCCUGUGCUCAGCCCUCCGGAGGCUGGCUCUCCGCGGCAGUGCCAUCACCACGCUGACCCAGAUGAGGCUGGCCGGGAAGAAGAGCCUUCUCCAGGAGCUGCGUGAGCAACACGCCCUCGAGCAGGGCUCCUCCCAGUGUCUGGACGAGCAUCAGUGGCAGCUGCUUGGAGCCUUGGAGGCGCGCGUCCUGGAGGAGACCAACAGGCUGCAGGAGGAGGCGCAGCGGACGAGGCUGCAGCUGCAGCAGCAGCUCCUGGCCGAGGCCCAGGAGGCCAUGCAGCAACUCCAGCGGCACACAGAGAGGGCCAUCGGGCACGCACUGCUGGGCCAGGCACGGAACGCGGCCACCAAGAGCCGGGCCCGGGACAGGGAAGACUUCAAGAGGACGCUGCUGGAGGCGGCCGCGGAGAGCGUCUACGUGACCAGUGCCGGCGUCGGCCGGCUCGUGCAGGCGUAUUACCAGCAGGUUGGGGGCAUCAUGGGGGACCACGAGGACCGGCAGCUGCAGCACCUGAAGACCCUGCAGGGCGAGAGAAGAGAAAAUUACAAGCUGCGGAAAAAGCAGGAACUCGGCGGCUCCUCCUCGGGGGCCGAGAUGGCAGGUGGCGCUCGCGAAGCCCCCCAGGCCGUCCACCGGAGGGUGCUGGCCCAGCAGCGGACGUUCCUGGCCCAGUUCACGGCCCACCAGCGGGCCCGCCUGGACGCCUGGAAGCAGAAGGCCAGGCUCACCGACCACCUGGAGGCCCAGCUCGAGGCCCAGGUGCAGGAGGCGGAGCAGACCUUCCUCUCCGAGCUGGCGGCCUUGGCCCGGGUGCCCACCGCCGAGAGCAGACCGGUUGCGAAUAAACGGGGGCUGUCAGAGAAGUCCCUAAGGACCAAAAGGAAGAAGCCCCCCGUCCGGGACAGAGGGGAUCCCGGGGGACCCAAUAACGAUGACUCUGCCUCCAGGGGACACCCCUCAGGGCCACUCAGCGGCAAAAGGCUGAGCCAGCAAGGAAGUGAAGCCGGUGACGGUGAGAAUCCCAAGAAGAUGCUAAAGAAGAGAAGCAAUUUGUAGUUUAAGGCCCAGGGACCAAACCAGAAGACCUGGUCGGAUGGCCGCCUGCCCUGUCCCAGCCGUGAAAGACCGUGAAGCGGGACCUGGCCCCCGGUGGGGGGGGUGGAGAAAGGAUGUAAAAAUGCCCCCAAAAGGCACAACUGAGUGUGGCCGACCUCCCGCCCACGACGGUGAGACACCUGAGUGUCAAAAACGUGUCUCUGAGUUUCGUGUCUCUUGGGCUCUACCCCUUGGGGAUCUCGUCCUUCCUAGCUCCCUGUUCCCGGCCCCCCACUGUGCCCGGGUGCCCCCACCCCCGAACCUGCCCUCCCCAGCAUGAGGCGGUCCCAUCCCAGCUGAAGGCCCUCUGCUCCCCGCCUCUUGGUGACAUUCUCCUGGUAGUGAAGGGUCUCCCUUGUUGCCGGUAUUUUCUGGGUCCAAGACGUUUCCAUCCCCCGCCACACCCCUGCCUGCCCCUCCAUGGUCUCCGGCUGCCUGAGCUCUCAUCAGGCCCGUUCCGCUCCUGGCUCAGCCAGCAGCCCAGGCCCGUCACUGGGGUCUGGGUCUCAGGGCCCAGGACGCUGACACCUUGGUGCCGCCCAGCAGCCCCGCCCUCGGGAGGGCCGUCCUCGGGCUCGGCCUCCCCCGUGGACAUAAGCCGCGGCCGGAGAGGCCUUUCCCAUCAGAAGGACGACCGCUGUCUUCUUCAGCAUCGGGCUUCUGGCCUCGGCGCUGUGGACAUUGGGGCCGAGAGGCUCCUUCGUUGGGGGAGGGGCCGCCCUGCACUUGGCAGCACGCCAGCCUCUACCCAGCUGUGACAACCCAAAGAAACGUCCCCAGACCUUGCGGGGCGUCCCCUGGGGAGCACCGCCCACGGAUCCGGGUCCAGGCGUGCGGGAGCUCGGCGUUUCCACACGCCCUGAACGCAGUGGGCUGGCUCGGGGACUUUAUGGACCGCUGAUGACCUGAAUUUUUAUUCCUUAAAACCUGAACUAGAUUCUCCUCGUCGGGAAGGAGUGAUUGACGCGUGAUGUAGUCAGUAACGGGGACCGGUCUGUGGCCACGCCCAGAGCGUCCGCCAGUUCGGACGCGUCCGCAGGCGGGGUUCCCAGCGUUAGCCGACAGCUCCCUCUUGUGGCGAAAUAAGAUAUUCCGUUAUUCUGCCGA